UGAGGAGUACCAAGGUUCCCUGAACCAUGGACUACCUGAUUUUUUUACCUCACUACUACAGUCUACAGUCUGGCCCUUUGGUCUGUCUAUCAACUGUUAUAAAACCAGUGCCACCCCUUUUCCCCUCAGUACAACCACCUCUCUCUCUCUCUCUGUUGUAGGCUUGUAGCAACCUCCGCUUCUCAAGAUCACGGACAAGAUGAGGUCAGCAGCUCUAUCUAACGCCGGGUAUAGAGAGUGCAACCAGGGAUCCCAUUUUCUUGAAUCCUGUUUUCUGUGCAGAAAACCACUUGGUCAGAACAAUGACAUAUUCAUGUACAGAGGGAACACACCAUUUUGCAGCCAAGAAUGCAGGCAAGAACAGAUGGAAACAGAUGAGGCAGAUGAGGCUAAAGAGAAGAGAUGGAAAGUCCCAUCUUCCAAAAAAGCCCUCAGACAAACAACUGCUGCUGAACCCACCAAGAAACCAUCUAGUUUUGUUGCAGUGGCUUAGAUGUAUAAACACUACCCUACAAAGCCUCAAAUAUUCAACCGGAGAAAAUAACAGCUAAAUUCCUAUGACUUCUGCAGAAAAAGUUACGUACGAAUGAGGAAAUUGUAAAAUGGUAAUAGCUUGUGGUUGAGUCCUGUAAAGGCAACGGAGGGCAUAUCAUGAGGGGAGGGGUUCGCCGGAUCCUCUUCGCUCUAAAGAGGAUCCGAACCCUUUUGACCAGUUCAAAACUUGGGAUGGAGAGGAUCCGAAUCCUUUUGACACCCUUGCUUUUCUUUUUUGGUUGGAUUUGUUUUGAUGGAAAGGUGAGCCCCCUUGAAUUGAUGGGGAUGUAACAGGAUGACGGUAAUCCUAAAUCUUCGUAAUGAUAUUUGGUUCAAACCAAA